CAACCAACAGCAGUUUGAUACCCAACUUCCCUCCCUCCCUCCAGUUCAAACUUUUUCGGCCACUGCUCUCCGGAGAAGAAAAUAAUGCCAUUCCCUUACACCCUCCCCACAACCUCUACAAUCUCCUACCCAACCUACUUCGAAUCCCCCCUCUACCCAACUCUCCCACUAGCCACCUCCUCCCACCGCGGCUCCCUCCGCAACGCCCUAAAGGCACACAAGCGCCUACCCACAGCUUCACAAGCCUCCAACAUUCCCUUCAUAAUCAAGCUGUUAGAAAGCUACCUCGCACACCUGCUAACUCUCUACGACACCCUCACCGCCGGCGACGCUUUUCCCAGAGAGGGCGCUCCAAGGCUCACUACCAGCUGGCGCACGGUUCUCAGCGCAAGGAGGGUAACGGCAAAGGAACCACCGAGGGUGGCGAGACCGGGACUCAGCUAUGAGAUAUUUUGGAGUAUAAGCACGCUAGGUUACGCCUACACGCUACUCGCGCGGUCACAAUUGCAAGGGAUUCUAGCUCCCCCUUCGUCUAACACCACAAGCGGGAGUACUACAGACGCAACUGCAGCAGCAAACUCCUUUAACCAGGCAGCGGCAAACCUCUUCACCUCCGCCUCCAUAUUCCAACACCUCCUCACCCGGCCUCUCCCCCCACACGCAAGUUCCUGGCCACCAGACUUAUCGCCGCAGGUUCUCUCAGCACUCAGCAGCAUCUCACUAUCUGCGGCGACCCUCAGCGCGGUUACAAAGCAAGACCCAUACCCAACGUACCUGAGCACCAUAGCGAUCGAGAAGAAGAAACAGCAGAAGGGUAAAGAAUGGCUGUACAACCCUCCCGCACCCCCCGCCGGCGUGCGCGCUCUGCUGAUAGCGAGAUUGUGCAUUGCCGCAUCGGACCAUGCGGCAAAAGCAUUGGGACUACUAUCCACAGCGGAGAAAACGGACGCGGGGGAGAUUGGCGAGGAGUUGUUGAGGUACGCGGGUUCGCUUCAGAAGGUUUCUAGGGCGAAAGCUUGUCGCUUCCUGGGCAUAGAUGCCGAGGCUGCGGGAAGGGUCGGGGAGGGUAUUUCUUGGAUCAGGGGUGCUAAGACCAUUCUUAACGCUUCGGGUUCGGCGAGCUCUGUGGGGUCGUUCGUAGGGGAUCGGUUACGAAGGAAAGAUGAUGUCUGGGGAGCUGAUGCUGGGAGGGUAGAUGAAGAGAAAACACUGGAUGCGCUAGAGGGACGGUGGAAGAAGUUGAACGAUAGUGUGAUGUUUCAGAAAUGUCCGGAUUUGGAGGAGUUGAUGGGUAGAAUGCCGACCGGGAGGGAGCUUCAUCAGAGUAUUAAGAGUUGGGAACCCCCCAAGUUGGGGGCUGAUGAGUUGAGGGCUUUGAGGGCUGCUGGAGACUUGGGCGCAGAGGUGGUGAUCGAAGAAGAGGAUAGUGAGGAGGAGGGGGUGGGGGUGGAAGACGGGGGGGAUUACGCAGGAAGAGGGGGGUAUUAUUAGGGGCGAGAUACCAAGUGUACUAUAUCCGAUUCCACAGAUGAUACCAGUAAUGAUAUUAUGAAAAGUACGGCACUAGUACACUGUUUUUAUUAA